AAGCGGAGAUAAAUUUUGUUUUAAAAUGGCCGCAGACUGAGCAACGUGUGCACGAACGAAACUCGUUCAACGCUGCAGACAACAGAACUACAUGAAUAGUAGUUUACCAAGUUGUGAAUUGCAGGGGCCCACCGGUGCUUUAACCCCGAAUGAGUGCCAUCAACAGAACCAACAAGACGGAUGGGAAACCAUUUAGUUUGUGAGACUUUUGGCAAAGAUAUCUAGCCCAGAUGUCGCGCACCUAUACGAAUACAUCAGACAGUUCAGACUAAUUGGAUUAAUUUGUGGUGAAGGAUUCUCAACCAGUAGCAUCAAACGAAAACCUAAGAUGGUCCACACAACAAAGAAAUCAUUUGUUUGCCAUGUUUGUGGUAAAGGCGUCUCGAACAAAAACAGCCUACAAAGACAUUACAAGGUCCACACCAAUGAGAAGCCAUAUGCUUGUGACAUAUGUGGCAAAGGCUUUUCUGAGAAAGCUAACCUUCAACGACACCACAGCGUUCACACAGAUGAGAAACCAUUCGUUUGUGACUUUUGUGGCAAAGGCUUCUCAAGCAGUAGCAACGUGCGACAACACCAGAGUAUGCACACCAAUGACAAUCCGUUUGCUUGUGACAUUUGUGGCAAAGGCUUCUCAAAAAAUAGCAACCUACGACAACACCGCAGUAUCCACACCAAUGAGAAACCAUUUGCUUGUGACAUUUGUGGCAAAGGCUUCUCAAGAAGUAGCAACCUACGACAACACCAGAGUAUCCACACCAACAUGACCAAUGAGAAACCGUUUGCUUGUGACAUUUGUGGCAAAGGCUUCACUUAUACUAGCAGCCUCAGGCGACACAAGAGGAUCCACACCAAUGAUAAACCAUUUGCUUGUGACAUUUGUGGCAAAUUCUUCUCAAGAAGUAGCAACCUACGACAACACCAGAGUAUGCACACCAAUGAUAAACCAUUUGCUUGUGACAUUUGUGGCAAAGGCUUCUCAACGGAGGUUAAACUUCAGCAGCAUCAGAGAGUUCACACAAAUAUAAAAACAUUUGUUUGUGACUUUUGUGGCAAAGGCUUCUUAAGAAGUAGCCACCUACGAGAACACCAGAGUAUGCACACCAAUGACAAACCGUUUGCUUGUGACAUUUGUGGCAAAGGCUUCUCAAAAAGUAGCAACCUACGACAACACCAGAGUAUCCACACCAACAUGACCAAUGAGAAACCGUUUGCUUGUGACAUUUGUGGCAAAGGCUUCUCUUAUACUAGCAGCCUCAGGCGACACAAGAGGAUCCACACCAACAUGACCAAUGAGAAACCGUUUGCUUGUGACAUUUGUGGCAAAGGCUUCUCUUAUACUAGCAGCCUCAGGCGACACAAGAGGAUCCACACCAACAUGACCAAUGAGAAACCGUUUGCUUGUGACAUUUGUGGCAAAGGCUUCUCUUAUACUAGCAGCGUUGGGCGACACAAGAGGAUCCACACCAAUGAUAAACCAUUUGCUUGUGACAUUUGUGGCAAAUUCUUCUCAAGAAGUAGCAACCUACGACAACACCAGAGUAUGCACACCAAUGAUAAACCAUUUGCUUUUGACAUUUGUGGCAAAGGCUUCUCAACGGAGGUAGAACUUCAACAGCAUCAGAGAGCUCACACAAGUAUAAAAACAUUUGUUUGUGACUUUUGUGGCAAAGGUUUUUCAAAAAGUAGCAACCUACGACAACACCAGAGUAUGCACACCAAUGAUAAACCAUUUGCUUGUGACAUUUGUGGCAAAGGCUUCUCAAAAAGUAGCAACCUACGACAACACCAGAGUAUCCACACCAUUAAGAAACCAUUUGCAUGUGACAUUUGUGGCAAAGGUUUCUCAAGAAGUAGCCAACUACGACAACACCAGAGUAUGCACACCAAUGAUAAACCAUUUGCUUGUGACAUUUGUGGCAAAGGCUUCUCAAAAAGUAGCAACCUACAACAACACCGUAGUAUCCACACCAUUGAGAAACCAUUUGCUUGUGACAUUUGUGGCAAAGGCUUCUUAAGAAGGAGCCACCUACGAGAACACCAGAGUAUGCACACCAAUGAUAAACAAUUUGCUUGUGACAUUUGUGGCAAAGGCUUCUCAAAAAGUAGCAACCUACGACAACACCAGAGUAUCCACACCAUUGAGAAACCAUUUGCUUGUGACAUUUGUGGCAAAGGCUUCUCAAGAAGUAGCCACCUACGAGAACACCAGAGUAUGCACACCAAUGAUAAACCAUUUGCUUGUGACAUUUGUGGCAAAGGCUUCUCAAAAAGUAGCAACCUACGACAACACCAGAGUAUCCACACCAUUGAGAAACCAUUUGCUUGUGACAUUUGUGGCAAAGGCUUCUCAAGGAGUAGCCAACUACGACAACACCAGAGUAUGCACACCAAUGAUAAACCGUUUGCUUGUGACAUUUGUGGCAAAGGCUUCUCAAGAAGUAGCAACCUACAACAACACCGUAGUAUCCACACCAAUGAGAAACCAUUUGCUUGUGAAAUUUGUGGCAAAGGCUUCUCAAGAAGUAGCAACCUACGGCAACACCAGAGUAUCCACACCAAUGAGAAACCAUUUGCUUGUGAUAUUUGUGGCAAAGGCUUCUCAAGAAGUAGCCACCUACGAGAACACCAGAGUAUGCACACCAAUGAUAAACCAUUUGCUUGUGACAUUUGUGGCAAAGGCUUCUCAAAAAGUAGCAACCUACGACAUCACCAGAGUAUCCACACCAUUGAGAAACCAUUUGCUUGUGACAUUUGUUGCAAAGGCUUCUCAAGAAGUAGCAGCCUACGACGACACCAGAGUAUCCACACCAAUGAUAAACCAUUUGCUUGUGACAUGUGUGGCAAAGGCUUUUCUCAGAAAGUCAACUGUCAACGACAUCAGAGAGUUCACACUGAUGAGAAACCGUUUGUUUGUGACAUUUGUGGCAAAGGCUUUUCUCAAAAAGGUACUCUUCGGCAACAUCAUGGGGUCCACACCAAUGAGAAACCAUAUGUUUAAGUGUGACAAAGCCUUCUCAACGAAGCUUAAACCUCAACAGCGUCAGAGAGUUCACACAAAUUAAAAAAACAUUUGUUUGUGACUUUUGUGGCAAAGGCUUCUCAACCAGUAGCCGCCUACGGCGACCCAGGCAGGAUCGCCCCAAUGGCAAACCUUUUGCUUCUAACAUUUAUGACAAGCUUCUAAGGCAGUGGCAACCUACGACAGCACCAGAGUAUGCACACCAAUGAUCAACCAUUUGAUUCUAACAUGUGGUAUAAAAAGGCUUCUCAACAAGUAUAGCCAACUACGGCGACACAAGAGGAUCCACACAAGCAAGAAAGCGUUUGCUAUGACAUAUGACCUUUGUGGCAAAGGCUCCUCAAAUAGUAGCAGCCUAUGACAACACCAGACUGUCCACACCAAUGAGAAACCUUUUACUUGGGACAUUUACGGUGGAAAGGCUUCUCAAGCAAUAGCAGCCUCAGGCGAUACAAGAGGAUCCACACCAACGAAGAACAAUUUUUGUAUGUGGCAUUUGUGGCAAAUGCUUCCCAUCAAGCAGUAGCAACCCACGGCGACACAAGAUGAUCCACCUUGAAGUUUACGAAUAAACAUUUGUUUGUGUUGUUUGUGGCAAAGCUUUCAGAAAAGUGCUCUUCAGCGACAUCGUAGUGUCCACACUAAAUACCAAACCAUUUGCUUGUGACUUUUGUUGCAGAUGCUUCUCUCGUAUUGGUAGCCAGCAACACUAGAAUAUCCACACCAAUGAGAAACUGUUUGUGGUACUGGCGUUUAAAACACAAAUGACCUACAACAACAUAAAAUGGUUCACACUAAUGAGAAACUAUUUGUGACGCUUGUGGCAAAUGCCACAGAUUUUUGGUAAAUCUUGCAUAAAGGUAGUUUGCAAGAACAUCAGAAGGUCUGCACUGAAGUAAAACCUUUUGUUUGUGGCAUUUAUGUCAAAGUUUCUCUAACAGCAGUGAAUACGACGACAUAAGGUAAUCCAGAUUAGCGAAAAACCGUCCGUUUAUGUUAUUUGUAGCAAAACUUCUCACGGAAAUUCAACCUUCAACUAAGGGUCCACACUAAUGAGAAACUAUUCGUUGCCAUGACGUUUGUUGAAAAUGCUUCUCACAGAAAAAUAGCCUCCAACAACAUACAAAUGGGCCUAUAGAAACCGUUUGUUUGAGACAUUAAGUGGAGAAGGCCUCUCAAGCUGUAGCAAAAUGCAAGGACAUACGGUAGUCGACACUAAAUUUGAGGAACCAUUGCUUGUGACAUUUUGUGGCAAAUUAAGUUUCUGUAUUUGGGGCAACCUUCGACGACAUUUAAUGGUCCGCGAUAGAAUUUAUUUGUUACAACUCCGGUAAUGCCUCUCACUGAAAGGUAGUGCCUUAAGAAACAACCUGGACCAUACCAAAAACAAAUAAUUUAUGGCAUCAUUCUGUGGACUGUGAUAUAAUGGUAACCUAAUAAUGACAGCAUGGGGUACAUUAUGAUAAUGAUCAACCAUUUAGUUGACAAUUUAGUUUUAUUAAACUUCAGUCAUCUACGGUUACCCAUCCGUCAGCAAAAAGUAAUGUUGGACAUUGCCACGGGAAAACACUACUUGGUUGUAAAACACUCCCCAAGUAAUGCGUUGUAUUAGCAUUUACUGUAUACCAAUUGGUGCCUCCUUUUUCACAAUGAUGUGAGCACUUGGCAUAUACCAAGUGAACCAAGCUUAAACUUGUCAAUUUGCCCAGGGACCGAGCGCUGUCAAUUUUAUUUUGAAAAACUUUGCAAACUUGGACGGGCUCAGUUGACGGUGACAGUGGAUAUGGAACAUAUAGAAUAGUCAUUCAAUGUACAUGUACAUAUGACCCCUCUUUGCUCUUUUUUUAAGCAAUCGUUGUUCUUUACUAGCGUGCAUAUGCAUAGCACCUAAUACCUGUUGAAGUUCUUGCUCAGUGCCUAAUAAAUGUAAACAUUUUGAGAACUUUAAA